CAAAUUUAGUCUUCCUAAAGACGCAGAAGGACUUGGUUAUCUUCUGAGAACCAACGCAAUGGCUUCCCUACAUUUGCUGGUGUUCUUGGCAGCUUUCCUGUAUCUAUCCUCUGGACAGGAUAUAUCUUUUUCCAAUUUGUCUACCAGUAAUUCCCAAGUACAAAACGAGAUUGUGAAUAAGCACAAUGCCCUAAGGAGACAAGUCUCUCCCCCAGCCAGCAACAUGCUAAGAAUGGAAUGGAGUCCUGAAGCGGCAAAAAAUGCUAAGGCUUGGGCAGACCAAUGCACCUUACAGCACAGUUCUCCGGAAAAGAGAGUAACCAAUACAAAUUGUGGGGAGAACCUCUUUAUGUCAAGUUCCCCCAACUCAUGGUCAAAUGCCAUACAGAGCUGGUACGAUGAGGUUAAAGAUUUUACGUAUGGUAAAGGGGCAAAAACUGCAAAUGCAGUGAUUGGCCACUACACACAGGUCGUCUGGUAUAACUCUUACCAAAUUGGAUGUUCUGCGGCCUACUGUCCGAAUCAGCCUGUUUUUAAAUACUAUAUGGUUUGUCAAUACUGUCCUGCAGGGAAUAACAGAGAAAAAAUUAACGAGCCUUACCAAAGAGGAACUCCGUGUGGCAGUUGCAAGAACGCCUGUGACAAGGGAUUGUGUACCAAUCCUUGCAAGUAUGAGAAUAAAUGGUCGAACUGUGAGGAACUGAAGAAUUCUGCUACCUGUAAUCACCCUCAAGUUAAAUCAGACUGUGAAGCCAGCUGCAAGUGCACCACUGAAAUUAAAUAACUUUCCUCCAAUGCCAUCUCUCUCUCUCCCUGGCUCUCCAAGGAGAAUGACUCAGUGGAAAAAUGUCUCAUUGGCAAUUUAGAAGAAAUUUGAGAUUAAACUGCAUUGAAAGUC